UACCUAUGAAAGUAAAAGUAUAUAAACUCGGUAUAUAUUUUAACCAUCAUAUAAGUUUUUAUGAAUUCAACAAGUUAAAAGUUUAAUACUUACAAAAACAAUGUUGAAAGUAGUCAUUAUAAGCCUGGCCAUAAUAUUGGCAUCAGCCAGCUCACCCUACAAAGACUGCGGACACGCUGAAAUUAAAACAUUGGAAAUUAGUAAAUGUACAAAGUCACCAUGCGAAUUUCAUUUGGAUGAGCAAGUUACCACGGACAUUGAGUUUACAGCGAACCAGGAUACUACUAAACUAACAUUUGGCAUGACUGUUGAUUUGGGAUCAGGGCCAGUUGACAUCACCAAAUAUAUGCCUGAUUUUGAUAACAAUGGAUGUCAUUUAGUCAAGUGUCCGGUCAAAAAGGGUGACCCACUGUCCAUCGUAUAUAAGGCGGUAAUCCCUAAAUUGGCACCGACAGAUAUUGAAGGGAAUAUGACGUUUUUAUAA